AUGAGCCAUGUUUCAUCAUACAUCGUGUUCUCUGCUACACCGGACACCACAUACUCGACCACUGCACUAAGGGUCAUGCGAACCCUCAUCAAAAACAUCCUGGAAAGCGAAAGAGCCACGGCCAAGCGGCGGCACUCGGCCACAGGGGACCCAAGAGAAGCUAGUUUCAGUUCAAGGUUCAAUUUGCUCCUGAUUUCACCUGAGGAAAGGCACUUAAGUGGACCCAAAGUAGUGAAGCAGAACAACCAAAAGAGAGGUGUAUUAUGCACCCAGGGAGAACUUUUGUUGGAGGACCUGCCACCCAUUGAGGAUUUAUAUAUAUCAGUACCAGAAGAGCAAGCACAUCCUAUUGGUACUGUCUUUAGCAUUGUUGAACAACAAGUGGUGGUCCAGGGCUUCCCCAAUAUCCCACCCAUAGACCUGGACUCUGUGCUCUUCCUGGAAAAGGGACAGCGGGCUCUGGGACAGGUCUUUGAUGUGUUUGGACCGGUGCAGGAACCGCUGUACGUGGUGCGCUUCAACUCCUCCGAGCACAUCAAAGAGUUCAAGGUUAACAAGGGCGAUCAUGUCUACUUUGCCCCUACAACUGAACAUACAAGCUUUGUUGUUGUGGAUGAGUUGAUGAGAAUGAAGGGAAGUGAUGCUUCAGGGAUGCAGAACAAUGAACCUUUGCCGUCAGAACAUGUAGACUUCUCCGACGAUGAAGAAGAAGCAAGGGUCAUUAGGGAGAGUCGGCAAAACAAGUACACAUCAGGCACAGGCGAGUUUCAGUCACAAAAGAAACGCAGUCGUGGGCAAAAUGCUGCAAAAGAUAGCAUGGAAGGAAUGGGUCAUGGGCCAAAGCCUGGUCAGGGUCGCGGAGAAAGCAGGAGCAAUGGCCGUGGUCCUAACCCUUUCAGUGAUAUGAGAAUGCCCAUGAGACCCUCAAACCGCUUCUGCUACCCUCACCCAAUGCAACCAAGGUUUGGACCUCGAGGACCUCCCCAGUUCCCCAUGCGGCCUCCAGGACCAGUGCUAGGGCCCUCUGGCUUUGCAGGACCUCCUGAUAUGGGAAUGGGCAUGCAUAACAACAUGCAUGGGCCUCCAGGUAUGCCAGUGGAGCCUUUCUUGUAUGAUCCAAAUACCCACACUCAGAUGGACAUGAGUGCAGGGCCUGUGAUGGAUGCUGAGGGAUUCUCUGGUGGAUUACCUCCACCCCCUGCAGCAACUUCUUGGCCACAGCCACCACAGUUCCAAUUCGGGGGACCACCACAAUUUGAUGGUCCCAGGGGACCUGGCUGUUAUCCUCCUCCACCACCUCCUCCCCCAGGUGUUACUGGGCCCUCAGGAUAUCACAUCCCUCCAGGUCACUUCCAAAGCAUGGGUCCCUCAAGGCCUAUGAAACCUCCCUUCCAACAUCCUCCAGCCUCAGGUGGCCCCACAAUGGAGAAUGGCGAUGGAAUGGGUGGCUGGGGCCCUCCAUCUGGAGUGCCACGGCAUCCCCCUCCCCCUCCCCACAUAGCUAGCCAGCUGCCUCCUGCCCAGAUACCCUUUGACAACUCUCAGGUACCUCCCCCACCCAUGCAUCCUCCUCCUCCUCGCAAUGCCAAUCCUCCUUGGAAGAAGUUUUAAAUUAUGUUGUUAAUAUUUUAUUGAUUUUGUGAUAGGCUUCUAUAUUAGGGAAAAAUAUAUUGGCAACAGGAACCCUGAGUUCAAUAAAACCAAAAAACAAAAACAAAAAAUGUUAUGUAUAUUAUUGCUAUGUAUAUAAAAAUACCUAUGGAUAUAGAUUUAUUUUUCAGUAUUUGCUUUGAAUCUGUAUUGCAUCUGCAGUGAUCAAAAAAACCUGAUUACAGACAUCCUCAUUUUAGAUAUUGUGUUGCAUUGUAGUUUUCAGACAAGCACAUUGUUCAGAGCUACAAUUUAUGAUCUCAGUUUUAGUUUAGUUACACAUGAAAGAUUUCAACAGUGAUAGCUUUCUAUCUUAUUAAUAGUUAAGUCGGAGGAGUUUGGCCGUAACAAGUUAAAGGAUCAUACACUUGUUUUGGCAUCACGUUUUUCUUGUUAUUAAAUGAAUAUUUAAUGUUAUUCUGCUUUGUAAUUCCAUCAAAUUUUAUUAAAAACAGUGUAAGUAAUCAGCCAACGUAAGAAAGUCCAUCAAAUCAAGAUAGGGAAAGUAUUAUUGUUUUUAAUUAAGAAUUUGUUGUAGAUCAUUACAUUGCAUUGUCACAAUGUAAAAUUAAUAAGAAACCAUCAUUCUCCAUUUUCUAUCCUUUUACCAAUUUUGUUAUACGUUUAAAAUAAUAUUAGCUUCUGGUACUUAGCUCACUUUAUCUUGUUAAUAUUUGUAAAUACUUUGUCUAAGAAUUAAUAAAAAGAAAAUUGUA